AUGUCCACCUUCGAACCGGUCAUUGUCAUCGACGGCAAGGGGCACUUGCUCGGUCGCCUCGCCAGCACCGUCGCCAAGCAGCUCCUCAACGGCCAGAAGAUCGUUGUUGUCCGCUGCGAGGCCCUCAACAUCUCGGGCGAGUUCUUCCGCGCCAAGCUGAAGUACUCGGCUUUCAUGCGCAAGCAGACCCGUUACAACCCCACCCGCGGAGGUCCUUUCCACUUCCGCGCCCCGUCCAAGAUGUUCUGGCGAACUGUCCGCGGCAUGAUUCCCCACAAGACGGCCCGUGGCAAGGCUGCUCUUGAGCGUCUUAAGACUUUCGAGGGUGUCCCCGCCCCAUACGACAAGAAGAAGCGCGUCGUCGUUCCCCAGGCUUUGAGGGUGUUGAGGCUGAAGCCCGGCCGCAAGUACUGCACUGUCGGCCGUCUCGGUCAUGAGUUUGGCUGGAAGUACCAGGAUGUUGUUGCCCGUCUCGAAGAGCGCAGGAAGGUUAAGGGUGCCGCAUACUACGAGCGCAAGAAGGCCGCCAGGAGGCAGUUGGGUGAGGCCAAGAAGACAGCGACUGUUGACGGCAAGGUCCAGGAGCACCUCACCUCCCUCGGCUACUAG